AUGCCGCCCAAACGCAAGACCGCCCCUUCUGCGGGCAGCAGCAGCAGCAGCAGCAGGGCCAGACCUGUCUCCAAGAAGCCCAUGAGGACCCGUCAAGCACAACCAGCACGCCGCCCCAAACUCGCCGCCCAACUCGACAUGUACAUCCACCGAUCCGACGAUGACGACGAAUCCGAGGACGACGGCACACCAGACACAGCUUCCGCCUCUAUAUCCUCCAAACAGGCAACAGCAAUCAUCCUCGCAGCGCAGGAGCAAGAGUACGAGCCCGAAUCCGACGAGGCCUCGCACGUCUCUUCCGGCGACGAUGACUCUGACGGUGAUGACAGCGAUGCGGAAGGCGCCAAAGUCAGAACGGUCUCUGCUGCCAACUUGGCGUUCCUGUCUGGGCUGGACAAGAACAAGGCAAUCGAUGUCUCGCAGAAGGACGCAAAGCAGAAAGCAAAGGAUCUGAAGCGGUCGGACAGGAAAGAGUUUGAAGAGACGAGGAAGCAGAUCGCUGCCGAAAGGAAGGCCCGGCUCGCUCAACCAGUUUCGGAGGAGGAAGACGAAUUCAGCGAUGAAAGCAUGGAGGAUGACGAUCAAGAGGACCACGUGCAGCUGCCAAGCAAGGGCGGCGAGAAGAAGAACUACCAGGAGUACAGCGACGUCUCCGAGGGUGAAGAGGUGGGUGCUUCUUCCGACGACGGCGGAAAACCGGUCAAACGCCAAAAGAGCAAGAAUGUGAACGACGAAGAUGCCGAAGCGGCCUACUUGGCGAGAUUGGGCAAGCGCAAAGCACGAGAGCAGUACCAGGAUGAAGUCGAGAGGCAGAAGCGGAUCAAUGCGAAGUUGCCCGUUCGCAAGCUCGACGGCGACGACUCUGCCGAUAGCAGCGAUGAGGAUGUGGAGAUCGUCGACGAUAUGGACGACGAUGACGAUGACGAGGAUGAGGAUGACGACGAGAUGGAGGGGGACUACAGACAAGAAAGCGAACCAGAAGGACUCGGCUCUUCAGACGACGAGGACGAGCCCUCGGCCACCGCCAAACCCAGUCGAGCAGUCCACGCGCCUCUCCCGCGAUCCGCCCAACCCGACAGCGACAGUGACUCCAACGCCCCAACCCGCACUCCCACCACCACUGCCCCCCUCUCGUCGAUCACCCACUCCUCCCGCUUUAACCUCACCGCGCCAUACGAGAUCCUCCUCACCUCACACCCUUGCCGCCUGCCCCCCGCACCUUCCACCACGAGCAGCCGCAAAGCCACGCUCGCGUACAAAGCCCAACUGGCCGCGGCGUCCAAGCAAACCUUGCUACUGGCACGCAACCAGAUCGCCUCGCUGGCGUCGCAGAUCGUCGCCGAUCCAGAAGUCAACCUGGGCCUGCUGAGGCGGUUGGCCGUGUUUGCGUCUGCCUCUGUUUCGGCGCCGCCGGAAAAGAUCCCCGAGAUCCGCGCCGAGCAGGCGGCGGCGAGAGCGAGCGGAGGAAAGGCAGCAGCGGCUCGGGCUCGACCGGUCAAAGUGGCCGUGCCGCCCGCGGUGCGCCAGCUGGCAAUGCUGUCGAUGCUCGCCGUGUUUGUGGAUAUCUUGCCCGGAUAUCGCAUCCGCAGCCUGACGGACAAGGAGCAGGAGGAGAAAGUCGGCCAGGACGUGGCGCGGCGGCGCGAGUUCGAGGCUGGCUUGGUCGGCGUGUACCGUGACUUCCUCGAGCUGUGCGAGGCCGAGCUCAAGGCUGCCGCUGCCGAGUUGGCCGGUGCCCCCGCCGCUGUUGUUCGUGGUAAGAAGAAGAGCAAACCAGCGCCAGGAGUGGGCAAGCUCGAGAGGGCGGCGAUCAAGGUGUUCACCACGCUGGCGGUGCGUGCGGUGCACUUCAACUUCCGCACCAACAUCCUCGGGGUCGUUGUAGCUAGGAUGUCACGCCGUCGAUGGGGCUCCGACGAGACCGAGUGCUUCGAGGCGAUCCGCAGCGUCAUCCUCUCGGACUUGAAUGGCGAAGUAUCCCUGGAAGUGGUCCGCCUGAUCCACCGCAUGACCAAGGAACGCCGGUACAAGGUCAACUCGCAAGUGCUCGACCUCCUGCUCCACCUACGCCUCCGCGACGAGCUGGGCAACAAACGCUCGUCGACGACAACCUCGACGGACCCGGACGCCGAAGCCGCGCGCGCGGCACGCGAGCACGCCGAGCGCCGCGCCGCGAUGAAAGCACGCGAAAAACGCGGCAAAGCCGGCAGCGGCAAGUUCAGCUCAAAAGAGGUGCGCAAGGGACUCGCGACGCACCUGAGCAAGAAGCAGGUGAAGAAGCAAAAGGAGCUCAAGGCGAUCGAAGACGAGAUGAAGGAGGCCGAAGCCACCGUGGAUCUCGAGGAGCGCGAGCGCAACCAGACCGAGACGCUCAAGCUUGUGUUUGUGCUCUACUUUACCGUGCUGAAGCGCGAGGUGGGCAGCGUCGGGUUGGGCGUGUUGGAGAGCACGAUGAAGGGGCUCAGCAUGUAUGCGCAUCGCGUCAAUGUGGAUUUCUUCCGCGAUCUGUUGGCCGUGUUGAAGCAGCAUGUUGCGGUCAACGCUGCGCUGCUGGACGACUCGAAGUCGCUCCAUGCAGACGGGGGGGAUGGAGAAGCUAGCGAGUCGGACGACGACGACGACGACGAUGCUGCAGAUGCGGAUGCGGGUGCGGGCGACAACGUGCUGCUCGACCAGACGACGCUGACAAAGACGAUCCGCCAUAUGAUUGUUGCGCUCAAGACGACGUUUGACCUGUUCCUCGGCCAGGUCGAGGGGAGCAUUCUCAACCUCGACCUUACCGAUGUCUUGGGCCAUUUCUACUAUGUCCUCUUCUUCCUGCCCUUUGUCAACGAGUCGCAUCUUUGUUUCUCCACCACCAGCACCUCGACCUCUGGUGCGAGCACUGUGGUGGAUCUGGCGCUCGACUCGUUGUACGCCAUCCUGAUCCGCAGCCGCACACGCUUUGCGGCGCACAUUCUCGCUGCGUUUGCCAAACGCCUGGCCAUCAUCAGCCUGCACCUCCCACUCACUGCCACUUCGGGCCCGCAGAAAGUGGUGCGCAUCAUCGCACACCUCUUGACACACCAGUCGACCUCGAGCAGCUCGGUCAGCCAGCUCGCCCUGCUCGACCUCGAGGACCGCAGCAGGAACGGCACAUAUGCCGCCGACGGCGCUAACCUCAACACCUCGGGCGUCCUCGAAAGCGGCCAGACCGUCCUCUGGGAACUCGCGCUGCUCAAACACAUGCCCAGCGCCGACUUGGCCCACGAGGCCGACCGCGUGUGGGCACUCAAGGACGAGGCCUUGUAG